GACAAAAGUAAGUACUAAGUAAACACUCCAAACCCCAAACCCCACCAACAAACUAAUCAUGCGUCAACCCCCUACCCCCUUCCCUCCCAGCGAGAAAUCCCACAUCCUCUCCCUCUGCACCCAGCACAACAUCCGUCUCGACCACCGCACCAGCCGGUACACCUGGCCACAACUCAUCUUCGCGCUAGAACGCGAAGCUCCUCUCCACUAUCCCGGGGGAGAACACUUUGUCACCGAUCCUUGGCCCCCAAGAAUUUACAUCACUCGAUCUCUCAGAGGAUACGUCAGGCGCUGGAUGCGCGCGGCGAAAAUAGAAGAGGCUAGGAGGAUGAGAGCUGAGCGGGGAAAGACUUUGACGGAGACUAUUGAGGAACACAUUGAGUCGGGGAAUUGUGUGAGGACGGAUUUUUGGGGGUGGGUUAUGGAGCCUGGGUGGGUUUAGUAUCGCUUGAGGUGGUUUCGCUUAGGUGAGUGUUUGUUUCGGUAAGGGCUUGGCGGAUAGAUGGUUGAAAUAGAAUUUAUUAUAUUAUCA